CUUAUGUGUGUAAACCAAUCCUUUGGUCAAUAAUUGUAUUGUAGUGUAGUGUAAUAUAAUAUAAUAAUGGCAGGAGGGGUAAUAUUAGUAUUCUUUGUCACUUCUGGAACGUGGCAUUGGUUUAACCAGUGAAGAUCUGAACCACUUCCUGAACCAGUCAGCGGUAUGGCCGGGCAGCGAGACUUUGGACGUCAUCAAUGACGUAAUUGGUCUAAAACGAUACAAGCCUCGAUAUGCGCAUCGCGGAAAACUUCCUGGAUUACUCGACACACGCUCCGAAGCCUCGGCCCAGCACGUAACAUCCCUACCCGUGGCGUGGAGAAGAUCAUCCUAUCAUUCUGCCUUGAAUUAAUUAAAAAAAAAACAAAAAAAAAACGCUCUUGGACGGGAGACGCCUCACAUCGUUCACUUAAAAGAGCCGGCUUUUUGAAUCGCCUCGUUUGCAACGACUCUUCCCUACCACAGUGCUGCCGUCGCUACUGAAGUUACCAUUAGCAACUGGGCAGCGCCCGGCGGAGCCGAGCUGUGGAUGUCGUCCUGGUAAACACAGUAGGUACUGCAAGCUCUCCUUGAUUUCCAGAAACGGUCAAGGCCUUGACAGGCAGGUGGAUCGCAGGCUGUUGUGAUGUCGGUGAGGCUGGCCAUGGUUUACACGUAAGGUCGCAGUGAGUGGCACUGCCAUGUUGCCAGGAGUCGGUGUAUUUGGCACGGGCAGCACAGCCCGAGUGCUGGUCCCGUUGUUGAAAGCUGAAGGCUUUGAGGUUCAUGCACUCUGGGGGAGAAGCGAAGAGGAAGCGUGCUGCUUGGCAAAGGAGCUCGGCAUCCCAUUUCACACAAGUCGAUCUGAUGACGUCCUGCUGCACCAAGAUGUCGACCUUGUUUGCAUCUAUAUUCCACCCUCAAUGACAAGGCAGAUUGCUGUCAAAGCACUGGGUAUAGGUAAGAAUGUUGUGUGUGAGAAAGCUGCAACUGCUGUGGAUUCAUUCAAGAUGGUGACUGCAGCCAGAUACUACCCACAGCUGCUCAGCAUUAUGGGUAAUACCUUGCGCUUCCUGCCAGCUUUUGUGGCAAUGCGGCAGCUGCUGGUGGAGGGAUAUGUUGGCGAAAUUCAGGUGUGUGAUGUCCGGGUCUACGGCCCCAGCCUCCUGGAUCAGUCGUACGGCUGGACAUGUGAGGAGCUGAUGGGAGGAGGCGGUCUACACACCGUCGGCUCUUCCGUCAUUGACCUUUUGAGUUACCUAACUGGUGCACGUGCCCACCGCGUCCAUGGCCUACUGCGAACCUUUGUACAACAAAAUGGUUUGAUCCGAGGCAUCCGCCGCGUCACCAGCGAUGAUUUUUGCUUCUUCCAAAUGUUGAUGGGUGGAACUGGGUCCAGCUCUGGUGGUGUGUGUUCCACUGUGACCCUGAACUUCAACAUGCCAGGGUCAUUUGUGCACGAGGUUAUGGUAGUUGGAUCCACUGGGAGACUGGUUGCCAGGGGGACAGAGCUGUACGGCCAACGCAAUGGGAGUAAAGGUGAGGAGCUGUUGCUAGGCGACAGUGGGUGGGCGGGACCAGAGGUGAAAGAGAUGCCCCUGCCUCACCUGCGGGGGCUGAGCUCCAUGGUAAAGGCACUGAGACAGUCUUUUCAGGCUCACGAGGAGCGCAGGUUAUGGGCGCGAGGACCGGUUGCCGUGGCUCCAACAUUCGAGGAUGGUCUGUAUGUGCAGACGGUGGUCGAGGCGGUGAAACGGUCCAGCUGUAGUGGAGAAUGGGAGUGUGUUGAGAUCAUGAGUCAGGAGCCAGAUCCCAAUCACAACCUGUGUGAGGCUCUGCAGAGAAAUAAGAACUAGAUAUAUUUAUACACCCAGUGCAACUACUACACGUGUCUGACAAAACUGGGCUCUGAAUGUUUUUCCUUUAAUUUAGCUGCUGAGGCAGUUUACAUUACAUAUGACUACUUUUUGCAUUUUCACAUUCUGUCACAUUUUGAGCAGAAUAUUUUGCUUUAGAAAACAUAACUGUGUUGUGGAUGUCUGUACCCUGACAGUUAUGAUUUGUUUGUACACUAAAUUUGUUAACCACAGCUCCAUUAUUCAGAUUCUCAAAAGAAAAUAUUAUUAUAGGUGGGUCAAAAUCUACCUGUGCCUUGUUUACCAGUUUAUUACCUGUUCCAUGCCAAAAAAGUAGACAGUCUUUCUUCUCACUGAAGUAAUGGAGUCACGACUGCAAAAUUCCUGCUGAAUAAGGUUGAUAUACGCCACCUGUCAGCGAGGAACCACACCUAUGUCAAAUAUUGGCCAAGAGCUAAAUUCCGUGGGAGUCAAAAAAACAACCUUUCAGUGGAUGUCUGUUUGACCGUUUCCUUUAUCCUCAAUUUAAGCAGCAGGUUUGGAUACAUUUCUGUAUUUAAAGAGAUAUGCAGGUUGUUGUAUUUUAUUAUUAAUCAGAGAUAGAUUAAAUAAGCUUAUACUUUUUCUCUGUGAUUGGACAAGAGUACAGCUCUCCCUCAGGUAUGCCAGCACAUUGUUGGAGUUUGAGAUCACAAUACACCAAUACGUGGUUGACUAGGCAUCAGCACUGUCAAAACAAAGUUGUUAAGCUGGUACACAAGCAUGUACUUUCUUCUAACAACACAAUUUUGAGUCAUAACUAAUUGUUGAGCCAAGCCUAGCCGUUAAUUUAGUAAUUUGGCUGAAAUUAAAAGCCAGCUCUGAGUUUAUAGUCCAACCAAGAAAACAUCUCUAUUGUGCGUAACAUUUGGAUGUAUUUUGGUGUUAAUUUAUUCCCAACACAAGAGCACCUUAUUCUGAAAGGAAUUGUUUACCUCGAACAGGAAUGAAUAUCAAAGCAUGACGACGAUUUGACUAACAAAACAGAAUUCAAAUGAUGCUCCACUGGAGCUCAGUCUCUGUCAAAUUCAGAAUAAGAAUAAUGGAGCUGUGCAGAGUUCUUUUUUUAAUUUUUGGAAAGUGUAAUAAUAAGCAUACAUUUAAAGAUUGCAAGAGGGGCAUGUAGGCUUUAUGUUAUGACAUGUCAUGGCAUACAUAAAAUACCAGGGAUUGAGUAAAAUAAGCUAUGUAGAAAACUGAAUAAUAACAAGUGUAAUUUGUAGCAUUGCCCCUCAAAAUGCCCAAUUGUUAAAGUGACACUUAAAUCUUUCUUUUGAGCGUCACUCACACCCUGUAGGCUGGGAAACUAAGAAGUUUCCUUCUUCACAGUCAGAGCAGCUAUUAGUGAGCUGGAUUUCAUGACUGCUACAGUCGAUUUCAGUAUGUUUUCAUAGUGGGGAAAAGUAUCUAAACCAUCUAAAGUACAAACCACUCCUUCAUCAUCCAUAUGUUCUGUAUGUUCAGUCAUCGCUUCAUUAAAAUAUACUUCUUCCAGAUACAUACACUACUUUAAGAAGCUUCAAUGAGGGUGAUAGUGCGACACAGACGCAUUGUUUUCAGUAAUAUUUUAGGUAAAUGUUGGCUGGAACAAACAGAACAUAUGGGAGGACAGAGGUGAAGUGGAUUAUGCCUCAGAGAAAGGGGUUUAUAUGGAUGUUUGGUACCUGUUUCCACUGUGAAAACUCACCAAUGGUAAUCUAUUUAACCACUAUUUGACACUAACUGUGAAGAAGGAAACUACUACUACCUUUUAAUGGCCACCUAUUAAGUUUACACAGGAUGAGCAUUUGAUGCUAUAGUAUCACAUUAAAUCUUACAUUAGCAGAAACAGGCUUGUCCUAGAAAUUACAGAUUAGUGACAUUUUAUAGCUGUCAAAAGUUUUAGAUACAAAACCUGAGGGUGUUUGACAACUAAAUUUAGUUUAAAAUGUGUGUAAAAGGUUUGUUUACAUGUGUUAACCAUUGAAGUCAUUUUAUAUGUUUUUAUAUUUAGAUUUUUCAUGCAAUCUAUGCAUUUAAAGUUAUUACGGAUGUUUAAAUCAAGAGAGUGGAGCCACGAUCCGCCUCCAUUCACCAUCUUUCAUUGAGUAGAACCACUGGAUCUGACGUGUGCAAGAGUAUAAAUGUGUGCCUCCCUAACUUGCUCAGACCAAGAGAAGGAAGUGUUAAACAGUUUAUGGUUGUUGUUGUUGUAGUCACUCACUGCAUCUCAGUACUGCUGAAUAUCCUGAAUGACGUUGGGCCUCAGCGCUCCUACUGCUGAGACAGGAGGAGAAGACAGAAGCAGUGUGUUGGUUUGAUUUGAUUGGUCUGUUCCCUUCUUAGACCCACGCAGGAUCUGCAAAUAAGGAUACAUACACGUUACACGCUUACCUCACGCUAUCCCAACAGUGCUUUACAAAAACAAUUAAUCAAGUUUACAUUAAGUGUCUUUACAAAACACAUCACAUUUGCCUGCAGGAUGUUCCAUAACCCACCGCUAUUAAAAUACAUUCCAACCGAUUUUUCACCUUCUUGUUUUGUUUUUUUGCACUGAUAACUGAUAAAAUGCCACAUAUUUAAUAUGCAGUGUGAUGCUUUUACCAGCCGGCUCACUGCAAAAAAAGAAUUUAACAUGUCUGUAUAAGGAAGACUUUUUGUAUUUAUUUAUGUCUCGGUGUGGAGAAAGUUUCACAUCGUUUAUUCUGUUCCGUGUUUGUGUUUUCAGCCUGUGAAUUUCUGUUGUAAUAUUUAUCUUGUUUAGAUUUAGUGUUGUUUUAAUUGAUAAUAUGGCUUUUUGAGCACAAUGUGUUGCAUUUAAGUUGGGAAACUGUACUGUUUGUCUGCCUGACAGAUAUUUCCUUAAAUAAAUACAGUUGUAUUCAUUUAG